CGCCCGCCCUCCCGCCUCAGCCCCAGCCCGCGCCCGAGCCGCCCGCACACACCCACCGCCCGCCCGGCUCCGCAUCCCGCCGCUCCCAGCAUGGUCAUCAAGGUCUACAUCGCCUCCUCCUCCGGCUCCACGGCGAUUAAAAAGCAGCAGCAAGAUGUGUUAGGCUUCUUGGAGGCCAACAAAAUCGAAUUUGAGGAAAAGGAUAUCGCCGCCAACGAGGAGAAUCGGAAAUGGAUGCGCGAGAACGUCCCCGAGGACAGUCGGCCCGCGAGCGGGAACCCCCUGCCCCCCCGGCUCUUCAACGACAGCCGCUACCUCGGGGACUACGAGGCUUUCUUCGAGGCGCGGGAGAACAACGCGGUUUACGCGUUUUUAGGCUUGACUGCACCCCCUGGUUCAAAGGAAGCUGAAGCACUGGCCAAGCAGCAAGCGUGAAUUUCAACUGCCUUAAAUUUGUCUGUAAAGGGAAUUUCCACAGCUUUUUAUAAAAUAGUCCAACUGUCUCUGCUUCAAGAAAUGUAGAUGUGAUUUCUAACAUUGAUUGGUGCUUGCAGCAUUCACUGUACGUAACCCAAACUGAACACAAGUGGAGAUGGGAACUCGAGGUGGGGAGCAGGAGUGGGUUGGGAUGGGUUGGAGGCUGAGGAAGCCCAAGCAAUCAGACAUGAAUGAUUUCACUUAGUUUAAACUGUCCUGGCAAUUCGUGCAUUUUGUGGGAACUUAAAAAGAAACUAUUUUAGUACUAAAAAUGCAGGUGGGUUUUACCCAGAGAUCCAGCUAUUUAAACAGCAUCUAAAACCUCGUCAGAGGUUUUAGGUUCAGUGCCUGAGUUGCCUCAAAAAUGUUACUGAAUUACAUAGUAAUUUUUCCGUGUCUUUCCUGGUUUCAGAUGGAACUUUAGGUGGUACUGUGUAGUAUAACCAUUGUAGUUGCUUUGGAAAGUUGUGUUUGUUCUUUUGUAGAAUGGCUAUUUAAGGUUUGUAUUGUUACACACUGUACAGAUGAUAAAACCCCAGCGAACCCGUGUAUUUCUCACUGAAACGAUCCGUGUGGGCUCCUUUAACAAAAAGGGAUGUGGGCCCUGGACAGAAGUCCCUCACAGCUGCCUAAGCACGAGUGAUGACACAUCUGGGGGCAAGACUCAAUGUUGCAAACAAGCCAAAACGGCCAGAAAUGGCAUUUCCUUACCUGUGUAAGGGUGAAAGCCUUUAAUGUAUUCCUCUACAAAAAUUCCAGUUCACACUGCUUAGAGCAUUAAACAUCUCACUGCAUGUUCAAGUAGCCAUUUGGUUCAUAUAGUAUUUUUUCAAACGAGGAAAUAAAUGUUCGAAUAGGAAAAACUAUUAUAAUUAAGCAAGAGGACUUCUUUUUUUAAGGUUUAAAAACUUCUUUUCUCCAUUGUUAUUGCCAUAUCACAAAGCUAAUACAGGAGCUGCAGAUCUAUCAAAGUGUCUUGUACUGGUGAAUUUACCACGUGCAAUAUUAACCUGUGUGUUCUCCCAGUGCUCAGGAGGGAGCCUGUUAUUCCUGGCCAUAUUUUAAUUCCUGAUUUAUGUUUUGGGGAGCCUGGGAGGCAGUUUGAAGCUUGUGCUUACAAAAGCACCCCAGUAUCACAAGGCAGAGGGAUGGAUGGAUUUUGCCUUACCUUAAAGAAAACACACACAAUUGUCCUUUUUUUAUUAACAGGCUUUAUCAGGAAUUACUGAAAUCCUGUGAAAUUUAAGAUCUCUUGGAAAUAGAAGUUUGGUUACGUUUUAAAUCCAGCAUCAGAUUUUUCUUGUUUACUAUGAUUUCAUCUUUCUGAACGAGGUGAUUUUUCUUUCUUAAUAUUGGCUUAAACUUUCUCCGUGACUAAACUCCUGGUCAGGUUUUUUGGGACCUAUGGAAUACUAAGUAAGUGGGAUUUGACACACAAGUCUCUGCACCCACACCAGCUUGCUGUGUUUUCCUGUGCAAGUUUGGUGAAUUACAGCCAUUAUUUUGGAGAAGCUGUAAUUAAAACUCGCUGCCAAAUUCUGUCAGUUCAGCGACCCAAAACAUUCAGAAACGAGGUCAAUCUCUGUCUCAACGGUCAAGAAAAUUGCCAAGUUUAAGAAAGCAAAGUCACUCCCCUCGUCUGUCCCCCCCCUGCCAUAUGGGAGCGUUCAAACUGUAUCAGCAUUCCUAAGCCAGCUCUGGGAGCCAGGCUGAAUUAUUCCUUUGUCUGGGGAACAAGGCACCAACACAAACUGAAAAUACCGAAAAUCUCUUUGUGGUGUGUGUAAAACUUGAGUUUUUUGAUGCAGAUCUCUUGCAUGACUUUAGGAGUGCCAGGAAUCUGUUACCUCUGUGCUGUAUUUCUGUUUCUAUGGGUGCAAGAACUGAAUUUGUUCCUUUCUUUCUUAUUUUUUCCUCUGUAGAGGGCAGGCAUUGAGGAUUUAAGCUGUAUAUUAACCGUUCCUGUAUCAUUCCAAUAAAAUUGUUUUAGAAAGCUUUCUCACACCA